AUGGAAGGAAAAGCAGCAGCAGCGUUCGUGUUUAUGCUGUUUUUGUUGAACAUAGCAUGCCAAGCACAACUCUCCUCCACAUUCUACGAUAACUCCUGUCCCAAUGCACUUGGAAAGAUCCGAACUGCCAUCAGAAGUGCAAUUGCAAGCGACCGGAGAAUGGCAGCAUCUCUCAUUCGCUUACAUUUUCACGAUUGCUUUGUGCAGGGUUGUGAUGCCUCAAUCUUACUAGACGAGACUUCUGCUAUCCAGAGUGAAAAGACUGCACUAGGCAAUAAUAACUCUGCUAGAGGUUAUAAUGUCAUAGAUAAAGCAAAAUCUGAAGUAGAGAAGAUAUGUCCUGGAACUGUAUCUUGUGCAGACAUCAUUGCGGUUGCGGCAAGAGAUGCAUCUGCUUAUGUGGGUGGUCCAUCUUGGGCUGUGAAGCUUGGAAGAAGAGAUUCUACUACAGCAAGUCGAACUUUAGCCAAUGCAGAACUACCUGCUUUCUUUGAAAACCUGGAAAGUCUUAUUUCUCGCUUCCAAAAGAAAGGCCUCACUGCAAGGGACAUGGUUGCUUUGUCAGGUUCGCAUACCCUAGGACAAGCUCAAUGCUUUACAUUCCGUGAAAGGAUAUACAAUCACAGCAAUAUUGAUGCUGGAUUUGCUAGCACUCGCAAGAGGCGUUGUCCGCUUGUUGGUGGUGAUUCAACUUUGGCUCCAAUGGAUUUGGUCACACCCAAUUCUUUUGACAACAAUUACUUCAAGAAUUUGAUGCAAAACAAGGGUCUGCUUCAAUCAGAUCAAGUGCUUUUCAAUGGAGGUUCCACGGACAGCAUUGUCUCAGAAUACAGCAGGAACCCGUCAAAAUUCAGCUCUGAUUUUGCAUCUGCCAUGAUUAAAAUGGGAGAUAUAGGUUCUGGAUCAGCUGGGGAGAUAAGAAGGAUUUGCAGUGCUGUCAACUGA